AUGACGCGGAGCUGCUCCGCACUGGGCUGCACCGCGCGCGACACCGGGCGGAGCCGCGAGCGCGGCAUCUCCUUCCACCAGUUCCCGGUGGACGCCGCGCAGCGCCGCGAGUGGAUCCGCGCCGUAAACCGCGUGGACCCGCGGAGCCGCCGGGCGUGGCGGCCCGGCCCCGGCGCCAUCCUCUGCUCCCGACACUUCGCCGAAGGGGACUUCGAGCGCUACGGGCUGCGGCGGAAGCUGCGGCGGGGGGCCGUGCCCUCCCGCUUCCUCCCCUCGCAGCAGCAGCAGCCGCCGGGCGCCGGGAGAUGCGGCCCCGCGCACCGGCGCAGGACCGUGCCGAGCAUCCUCAGGGAGCUGGCGGAGAAGCGGCAGCUCUCUGAGGAAAUCGUGAGUUUGCUGCAGGCGCAGUUUUCAGAUUUGCCUCGAGAGUUGCACAGCUGGAGGCAGAUGGCAGACUACUCUUCAGAAAUGAGGCAAUUUGCUUGUCUUCUCCAUCUCUACCAUAUUAAGGCCUAUGAUUACCUACGGAAGAUUCUUCCCCUCCCUCAUCCUUACAGCCUGACAAAUUGGCUGUCUAAUAACGAGGCUGCUGCAGGCUUCAGCAGUGACAUUUUUAUCCGGCUUCAGGAAAAGGUGGAGAGAGGAGAUCAGGCCUACCGCUAUUGCGCCGUGCUGGUACAGGACGUGUCCCUGCAGAAGCAGCAGGAGUGGGACCCACAGACCAAGAGGCUGACGGGCUUUGUUGACUUGGGAGCAGGCAUCCUUGAUGCUGACGAAGCACCACUGGCAUCAGAAGCGAUAAUUCUCAUGGCAGUUGGCAUCUCGAGCCCUUGGACAGCUCCCCUUGGCUAUUUCUUGGUGAACAGCACAUCUGGCCACUUCCUGGCUCAGCUCCUUCGUCAGGCCAUCAAUAAGCUGAACAACAUUGGGAUCGUGGCCCUAGCUGUGACAUCGGGUGCCUCCGCUCGUGGUGCUGAGACUGCCAGAGCUUUGGGGAUCAGGAUAGAUCCCAAAAGGAUUCAGUGCACUUUCCAGCAUCCACCCGGUUCUGCUCGUAGCAUCGCAUACUUCUUUGACGUUUGUCAUGCCCUCCUGCUGAUAAGGAAUGCUCUGCAGUGCUUCCAGAAGGUAGAGUGGCUCGGUGACACCGUGUGGUGGCAGCAGGUGGUGGAGCUGGCAGCUUUGCCGGAGCAGAGGGUGUUGGAGCUGUGCAGUCCUGAGUCGGGCAGGGCUGGGAGUAAAGGGAGUUACCACCUGAAGGUCAACCUUGCUACCCUGCUGUUCAGCGAGGGUGUUGCUGAGGCACUGGAGCACCUCCAGAAGCUGGGCCUGGCCUCGUUUCAGAACUGCAGCGGGACUGUCAAGUUUGUGCGCCUGAUGAGCUCUCUGUGCGAUGUAUUUUAUGGAAGAGGUCCCUAUGGAAAGGAGUCUUUGUUAGCUGGAAAUUACACCAAAAUAAGCAACCUCUUUGAUGAGGCCAAGAGCUGCUUUGUCAACUUAACAGAUGCUGUGGGGAGAUACGUUAUUAAGAGCAAACGCAAACUGGGAUUUCUGAGCUUCUUGCUCAGUGCUGAAAGCCUCAAGUGGCUUUCCUCCAACUACACAUGUCCAGAAGGGACUCCUUCCCACCACCUCCAUACACAUGCCUUUAGCCUGGAACUGCUGGAGCAGUUUCUCAGGGCCCUCCAGGAAGCCUGUGGCAACAGUGGUAGCCCUACCACCUGUGCUGUGUUCCAGGCUGCUUACCACAAGCUGCUGGCCAGCUGCAGCCUGGCACCUGUCUCACCACACAGCAGUGGCAGUUCCAGCCCCUGGGAUGUAUCCCUGUCUCAGAGGAGAGCUCUGACUCUGGGCAGCAUUCGUGCUCAGUAUCACCCAGCUCCUGGGAGGACUCUGACCCCAGAGUACCCCUACAGUGCAGGCCUGCUUCUGCCCAGCUCUGCCCUGAGCAACGCGCUGACAGAUCUGUCGCUGUACACACAGAGCCUCACCUGCACUGCUGGCUGUGUGGCUGAGCAGUUGGCCUUGGACUUGCAAUGUGAGGCUUGUCUUGCCUCUCUGUUUGAGGCAGAUGAGAGCAGGCUAAGAUGCAGGUCAGUGCUCUACAUAAAAAAGUUAGGUGAUGUGAGUCUGCCCUCGGCCUGUGUGCACCACAUAACAAGCAUUUCAGAACAAGUCCUAAACCAAUAUGUCAAAGUAGGAGGUGCCAGCAAAAAUACCAAGCUGUGGCACUUGUCUCUAGAACAGAAAGUCUUCCAGGAGCUUCUGGGAGAAGCUCCCCUCUUUCCCACCCUCACAAACCAUUUAUUUGAGGGGCAGCUGAGCAUCAACAACCACUACACAAUCUUAGUAAAGGAAAUAACACGGUGUUACUUAAACAUAAGAACAAACCCUGCCCAACACCUAAAUUUGAAAUACCCUUGCAAAAGGCACAAAUUGAAGAGACUGAAGGGAAAGCAUUUGUUUCCAUCACCACUGGGUAGCUGUCAGUCAAGCCAAACCCACACAUGGUCUAACUGAGUGGUUCCAAGGAUGGCUGUUCCUUGCUGAGAUCUAGGCAACACGUGAGGAAACAAUGCUGGCAAAACUAGCCUUGAUAAGUAGUGAUGUUUUGGGCCACUGCAAGUCCCCUAACCAGAGCUUAACUAAGGAAGGAACUAUCCCAUCCCCUGUUCCUUCUAGCAAUCCAGCAAAGCAGCCAUGUAUUUCAUGAAACUUGCGUGGCAGCUCAGGAUGAGCAAGGGUUGCUUGAGGUGCCUGGGGCAGUGGUAGGAGAGUCUGCAGUGUCCCUGGAAGUGCUGGGUGGCUUUAGCACUGUGAGUGCUCUUGGAAGAAGGAAACUGAUAGGUGAUGGGGUUGCAGGGGAAUCACAUGCACUGGCACUUUGAUUUCACCAAAAAGGUGUGCUUUAUAAAAGCUGGGAGCGAGAAAGCUUGCAGAGCUUCUACUUAAGUAGGAAAAUAAAGAUGUGAAAAGAACAUGUCAACUUUCCAACAUGUCUCAUCAAACAGCUAAAGAUGCUGGUCAAGUCUAGAUCAUCUGGAUCAGUGCUGAGUCUGUGAUCAGAUCGUUGUGUCCAGUGGCAUCUAGGAGCACCAGUACUGUCCAGGGGCAGGAAUACAUGGGUGUGCUGCAGCAGGGCAAGCAUUUGAGUUCCUAUUUCACGGCCCCAACCUCCCAGGGCUGGCCUGUGUCCUGCAGCCCAGCGCACAUGGCACCCACCUUUCAGUGUUCCCACUGCUGACUUGAACCAUAGCUCUGAUGCCAUCAAGUAGGACAGGCUUCUUCAGUUAAUUCAUUUUCAGGACAAGGAAGCUGCCUCCAGUGCUUUGCCUGGAAUAGCAAAGGUGGAACUGCUGCUAAGGGGUUUCCCUUUGCCAUGCAGGACAGGAGUUGCAUGCAUAGAAAUGGAAGGCAACUAAUUCCCACAAAACCUUCUGUACAGUCACUUUCAAGAUCCAUGAUGUCCAAAAAUGGCGAUCUGCUACAUCCUAGGGCAGUAAUAAUAUUAAAGGUACCAUUUUGCCUACCAGUCACUUGACAAAACUGUCCCUGGUUGGUUUGGAUUUCUCCUCCUUCCCUUAGUUCUGCACACAAGCUCCUCUGAGAGCAGCAGCACCAUGGAAAUUCAUAGAAUCACUGCUGGGAGGAACAAACUAAAUCCUCUGGGCUUCUUUUUCCCCAAUCCAAAUAUCUAUGCAAAAAAACAUGUUGAAGCCAUCACUGUUACAGAGCCAUUCCAGCUACAUGAGACUUUGCAGGAAUCUAUUCCCUCCCCUCUAUAUGUGAUUUUCGGAAAAACUGGCAAAAUGCUGUUGAAAUCCCAGUGACAGACUGGUUGCAAUCAUGUAAUGUUGAACACUUGUAUUACCUCCACGUCCAGCUCUAAGAUGAGUUGUUACAAACUGUGCCAUGGACUGCUGUGCAUGACAGCACACCAAUAGCCAAGGGAUAUUUACUUAUCACUGGUAGCAUUUGGUCUCACUGAAAAUCCAAGUCAGUACUUCCAUCAGAAGUGGACCUAGUGUUAACAAUUUAUUUUGAUAUUUCAGUGGCAAACCUUCUGUGUAUAUUUGUCAGUGCUGAAGCAAAGGAAUGCAAAAAAAAUCGUAUUUACAGAAUAGUAUAAAUGUUUAUUUUUUGUGAUUUAUCUGACUGUUUUAUUUGUACAAUAUAGAAAAGUGUAUUCUUUGAAUAGGUCUUGUAAAUAUAAAUUUAAUUUUCUACUUUUGGAUGUAAACAGAACUAUAAAAUGAACCCUUGCCCCGUUCCCAAUUAUUUUUACGUAACUGGAUGAACCUGACUGUUAAUCUUGUCCAGCAGUUUGAUGCAAAUGGCUAAGGAAGUACAUAAACCAAUUAAUACACUCUACACCAGGGAGAAGGGAGAGAGGAAUCCAAGCUUAAUAUUUGAGAAAGCUUGUUCAAAACAAAAUAGAAGAACUAAGAGCAUUUGAUUGCACCUUCAAAUCUUUACAAGCAAAAUAUUCUCCAGCAAUGCCAUCAUACAUAAUUACAACUGUAAUCUAAAUUUCACAAGUGCUUUUGCACACUGUAUAUAAAUACACAUCACAAAAGGUGCAAUUUAGAGUAAGACACUGAAUAUAUACAAAAUAAACACAGAUUGAAGUCUAAACAAAAGGCAUAUUGCAAUCUGUUUGAAAAAUAACGUAAGUAGGUAUUACUUUAUUCACUUACACUAAUUUACAUUUAUACAAAUCUUACUGGACUAUAUUAGGUCACUAGAAGGGAACGGAAUAUCCGUACUAUCUACAGGUAAAGUUACUGCACUGAUUUUUUUAGUAAAUCCAAGUCCUAAUCAUGAAAAAACAUGGCAUGUACUUACACGAGAGGUGGAUUCCCUUUUCAGAGAUUUGCACAAACAUUGCUAUUUAUGCUCAGGGAGAUGUCCUUAGCAGACAGAGCCCUUCAGACAGUGACUGGCAGGUCACACCUGGUCUGUGAGCCCACCACUGCUGCUGGCUGCCUCCCAGGCAUUUCAAGGAGGCACCAGAGAAGGGUCAAGGGCCUUCUGCUCAGUGCACAGGGCUGGGAGUGAAGCAUCCUCCCACCCUAUUGCCUUGACACACACACAGGCACAUAUCUCUGCUGCUGGUGUGCUUAGCCCCUACCUCUCCCCAGCUGGCCCUGCUAGGAAACGUGGAGAAAGAGCUCUGCUGCAUUUCUCUGUAUUUACAGUCUUAUAGAAGGAAUACAAAAUCCCUUUUGGAAAAAACAUAGCUAGUUCAGGCUGCAGUGAGACAGGUAAUAAAAAUGCCUGUGAUUAAACAUGAUUAAUGGAUAUUCAUGAUAGGUAAGUAAACUACCAGGUUAAUUCGGCAAACGUGUUCCACUAUCAAAAAUGUGAUCUGAGAUUGCCUGUAACAAAUGCUGAAAAAAACCCCCUGUCUUAGUCUAUACUCAGCUAUAGCUGAUUGACCCCCCCAUUUAGUGUAAAAGGAUCUGUGUCUGUUUUCGUAGCAAUCCUGAUUCUGUGCUAGUACUUCCUCUGAUCACAGCUCUCACAAUUAUUCUAAAUGACACUAAAAGAGCCCUUAUGCCAAAUAAAUUGCCAACAUGGAGAGAAGCAGCAUCCUGAAUACCCACAGCCAGCCUGAACAUGAUCCCUACCUACAUUUGCAAGUCAAUUCAGAUGCAGAUUGUACAUCCCUCCCAUGACUUCAGCUUCUCAGGCCUAAACACUUUUCCAGGGUUACAGCUCGAUCCUAGAAAACACAACAGACUGCACAGCCCUACCUCCAGUGAGGGAUUAGGCUGCUGCAGACCUCUGAAAAACCAAGCUUCACCUAAACAUCAGCAUCAAUCUGCUACACACUUAGGUAACACUACACUGGGCAGACAGUUCAGCAUUGUGGUGUGGCUGCUUUUCCUCACUUUCAAGUCUUAGCCUUCAAGUUCCAGCUUAAGAAACACCUGAGCACUCUGCCCCAUUCCUAUCAAAAAUUCCCCAUAAUGCCAUUCACCUCUAUACUCCUUGGGCCCUGCUCUAGAAACAUUCUCCAUGACUUUCUCAGUGCUAAAUCUGCAAGCAACCCCUCUGUAUUAUUGCCUAUGUAUCUCACAGUGCUCCGUGCACUAAAGGGAACAUGCUGUGUCAGGUCCUAAAUACAAGUACUACCUUCCAUUUAGAUGCCUAUUUCUAUGUAUUUCCUUUCAGAAUUAUCUUGGACACGCUCCAUAUUACAGGCCUGUCAGCAAAAGCAUGACCUAACUGUUGACAUCACCUGUGUUUUUCUGUAUGCACAGUGAUGCAAAUCCAUACACUGUAAAUAAUAUAUAUUAUAAUAAUUUAUAUAUGCCCUUCAGACAAUUAUUCUGGGGGAAAGGGGAAAACACAUCUAAUUUUUAAG